AUGAGUGAAGGAGUCGUGAAAUGUUGCGGAACUCCGAUGUUUCUGAAGAGGACUUUCGGCGCCGGAUAUCACCUGAGAAUCGCUAAAAACCGUGACUUCAAUGGACAGACAGUUCUGCAUAUUAUCCGCAAUUUUAUGCCAAACGCUGACAUCAAAAGUGAAAUCAAUUCAGAAAUCAUUUAUUCACUCGAAGGCGAAGAGCACUCGACCUCUGAUAUCAGUAAUACUAACAAACUUUUGGUCCAAUUGUUCACUAAUUUGGAGACCAGAAAAGAUGAGCUCAAUAUUGAAACCUAUGGACUGACUGUCACUACAAUGGAAGACGUCUUCCUAAGGGUUGGCAACGAAUCCAUCGACACAUUUGAUGACAAAUACUCGAAAUCCUCCAAUAGUUCGCUACUAAACGAACCAAUUUUGGUGCAAAGUAUCCGCAAAAAUAGUGGUAAUAAACUCGGUUUACAACAGUUUAAGGCGUUAUUCCUGAAGCGGUUCCACUACGCCAAGAGGUAUUGGCCAAUGAUUGUCUUGCAGACAGUACUUCCGGCCAUACUUUUCAUGUGUAUUCUGCUAUUGGAUAAAUCACUGAAGAGUUCGUUUACACAAACCGAUACAAAGGAUUUGGAUUUGAAUUUGAAGAUGUAUGGCAAGACUCAGGGUUUCAUUCAGUCAGACAUUAAAGAUCUCAAGGAUCUCUACAUACAAGUGUCCAAAACACAAGACAUGUCCACAGAAAUUAUCACUGAAAAUCCUAAUAAUUGGACUCUUGAGGGUAAUAAAGGGGAUGACAUUACUAAAUACAUCAACACAUAUCUGGUCGGCGCUCAGAUUAAUACCACAACCAGUGGUGAACUGAUUCUCAUUCCCUGGUAUAACAAAGAGGCCGUACAUUCACUCCCGGUGUCCAUCAACUUCUUAUAUCAGACACUACUCGAUAAAUACUUCAACGAUAAGCCAUCAAUCGUAGUACAUAACCACCCAAUCCUUUACGAUCAAAGUAAUAAUGCCAUACAGUCGGUCGUGAUGUCCACAAUGGUCAUAUGUCUACUACUGGUUCCUCUAACCGUCCCCUUCAUCGGUGCCUCCUAUGUGUUGUUCCCAAUUCACGAACGCGUGACUAAUUCAAAACUAUUGCAACUAAUGAAUGGCAUAUCUAUUCACACCUUCUGGGCGGCCAGUUAUCUGUUUGAUAUGAUUAACCAUUUAAUAGCAAGCAUUUUACUCAUUUGCAUAUUCGCUAUCUUCGACUUCAAUAAAGUUUUUAUGGGAAACGCGACGAGUGGUUUCGGUCUAUUCAUCCUAUUCUUCGUGUUUGGUUUAUCUGCCAUUCCUUUGGCGUAUUUAUUCUCAUUGCGACUGAAGCUGCCGUCCACUGGUUUCGCCAUUUUGGUGGUCAUAUACCUGUUGACAGGAGUGGCCCUAUCGUUGAUCGUGUUUUUCGUGGGCGCCAUCAAACCCAAAGCGCUGGAAGUGACGUCCGGCAUCGCAAACAUACUGCCCGUGUAUGCCAUGGGUCACGGCAUAGAGAAGCUGUACAAACUGGGCUCAUUCCAGACCGCGUGCAAACAGAUGUCUCCCGAGCACCUGGAGAGACGGUGUCAGGACAUUGAGUCCAAAGGAUCGCAGAGUGAAUACUACGGUUGCUGUGAGCGUGUGUGUCGACCCAAACACCAGUGUUACGACGACUUCAAUGCUUUCCAAUGGGAUAUAAAUUACGGGAUAAGCAUUGAGCUGACAUAUCUCAUAGUUACCGGUGCUGUAUAUGUGUUUAUACUGUGGCUUAUUGAAGGCAAUUGGGAACGACUGACAUACAUGUUUAGCACACAAAAAGUACAGACAUCUAAUACUACGUCGAUCUAUAUUGGAACCAAUGUUCAGCAGAAUGUUGCCAUAAAUAUGGCCACAGGAGUAGCACUCAACCCAUGGAUGAGAUCCAUAUCAGUGCAGGAGAUGGAGGACUCGGAUGUGACCGCAGAGAAGAAUAGGAUCGAAGGGUUAGUCAACACUGAUAGCGUUAACAGCGAAGCACUGGUAGUCAGGAAUUUGACGAAAACUUUCGGAAAAGUAAUACCCAUUCAAGCGGUGAAUGGACUGAGUUUUGGUGUCCAUCCGGAGGAGUGCUUU